AUGUCUUAUACAGGUCCCUCCAACACGACUUCAAAUCACAAUGCCCCAGCGGACUUCGCCGCUAUCGAACAUCGUCUCACAUCAACAUAUGCAUAUCCCUUCACCCUUCCUCCGAAGCAGUCUCCCCACGACCGUUCUCUCAGCAAUGCCAUAGCCUCUCUGCACGUCCAUCCAACCCUCGAGGCAAUCUUGCACAUGCUUAACAACGACCUUACCAGCGCGCAUUUCCUGUGCAGGCAUAUGCAAUCCCCACCAGCGUUUGAGUCAAUGCUCAUUCAUGGCGUACUUCACCGCAUCGAAGGGGACUACGAUAAUGCUAGCGCCUGGUAUGGGAAUGUAGAAGACAGUGACGUGUUUCGGUCCGUAUGGCCAGAUGGACUGGCGUCUGCGAGGGGAUUUAUUGAAAAGCUCAAGGAAAGAAGGAAGCAAAAUAAAGGAACUGGAGACACUGCCAGUUUACAAGUCGAAAGCGAAAGAGAAAUGAAGGCAUUGAUAGAGUUCUGCAAGAAGGAAUUUGGAACAGAAAUCUUGCAGGAUGGCACAACAGCUUGGGUGGAACCGAGUGAGAAGAUACGAGAAAUUGCCAGCAAGCAACUGGUGGGCGGAGAAGGUUGGCGAAAGUUUUGA